ACUUCUCCCAAUUAAAAACGUAACACGUUAUCCACCACAAAGAAAAGGAACAAGUUUCUCCAUAUCCUUGCCCAAUCACCAAACUUAAACACACCAAUGGCCAUGAACAUCUUCCUCUCUGUCCAUUGACAUUAGUUAGCCAUCAUGAAAAUCUUAACCAUAUUAAUCAUGACGUUUAUAGUGUUUUACACUAAUUGCCCAGCAAAUACUAACCACCACCUCCACCCUCUAAUCUUAAUACCAGGAGCUGGUGGAAACCAACUAGAAGCAAGGUUAACUUCAAAGUACAAGUCUACAAGCUUUUUGUGCAACAAAUGGUAUCCAAUAAAGAAAGAUAGUGAAGGUUGGUUUAGGAUAUGGUUUGAUCCAACUGUACUUUUAGCACCAUUCACAAAGUGUUUUAAUCAAAGGAUGAUGCUUUAUUAUCAAAAAGAGUUGGAUGAUUAUUGUAAUGCUCCUGGUGUUGAUAGUAGGAUUGCACAUUUUGGUUCUAUUAAGAGUCUUCUUUAUCUUGAUCCUAAUCUCCCGAAAAUUACAGCAUACAUGGAGCCACUUGUGAACGCGUUGCAAGAACUAGGCUAUAGAGAUGGUGAUAAUCUGUUUGGGGCACCGUAUGAUUUUCGUUAUGGUUUAGCUGCAGAAGGUCAUCCAAGUCAUGUUGGUUCAAAAUUUCUCAAGGACUUAAAAGGACUCAUAGAAAGUGCAAGCAAUUCAAAUGGAGGAAAACCUGUUAUUCUUGUUUCUCACAGCUUGGGAGGUUUAUAUGUCCACCAACUACUCUGUCGUAAUCCGAAAUCGUGGAGCCAAAAGUACAUCAAACACUUUAUUGCAUUGUCCACCCCUUGGGGCGGCACAGUUGAGCAAAUGGUCACUUUUGCUUCUGGGAAUACACUUGGUGUGCCUUUAGUCAAUCCGUUGCUCGUAAGGGAAGAGCAGAGGAGUUCUGAAAGUAAUAUGUGGCUUUUGCCUUCUCCGAAAGUAUUUAGCAAUCAAACACCACUUGUUAUAACUCCAAAUGUUGCAUAUUCAGCUCAUGAUAUCCCGAAAUUCCUCGAGGAUAUCGGGUUUCCUCAAGGAGUUUUGCCUUACACAUUGCGUAUUUUCCCCCUGGUUGAAAAUUUCACUCUCCCUGAUCACAUGCCGCCUAUCACUUGCAUAGUUGGAUGUGGGUGUAAGACUCCGGAGACAUUGUUCUACGGAGAUGCUGAGUUUGAUAAGUCGCCUGAGAUUGUGUAUGGGGAUGGAGAUGGCACUGUCAAUAUGGUAAGCUUGUUGGCUCUUGAAGCAAAUUGGGAUAACAAGAGUACUCGGCAAUCCCUCAAAGUCACCAAGUUACGAGGCGUUUCACAUACAGGUAUACUAAAGGAUGAAAUUGCAGUUGAGAAAAUAGUUGAAGAGAUUUCUUGUAUUAACUCUGAGAAUGCUGCUCACGUUUCGCUAGUUUCAAAAGCUUGACCACAAUUCGUGAUA